AUCUAUUUUUUGAAAUUCUUCUUUUAAAUCAGAUCAGAUAUUUUAAUAGUUUCAAGACUAAGAAAAAUGACAGAUGAAGCUAAUACUGAGUCUCGGCAAUUUGAACUGAAAUUGGAUGUUAAAAAUUUUACUCCUGAGGAAAUAAAUGUUAAAAAAGAAGGCAGAGAAGUGUCAAUUUCGGCUCAACGCCAGGAGAAGUAUGAGCAAGGGCGAACAUCUAUCUCUCGAUCCGAAAGCUUCAGCCACAAAUAUUUUUUGCCGGACUUUGUUGACGUGGACGCUCUCACCACUGAUAUAACUGAUGGUGUUUUGACUGUAAAAGCACCUUACAAGGAGCAAGAAAUGAUUAAAGGACUUGAAAGAGCAGAGAGAGGCAGUAUUCAUGAGGCGCAAUAA